CUAUAAACUUCCAGCCAAGGCGGAACAUGUCGUCCGCGGCGUUGCUAGGUGGGGUUUCAAUGGUAUAAAUACACGGCUUUCAGUCCUCCCUACGCCCCGUUGUCAGUCUCAGAAAGGAAAAGGUCUGUGCAGUGAGUAGACACAUCCUUCACCAUGUCAUUUAUCCAGCAAUUCCUUGAGCAGACGGUCUAUCUGGGCGCACCAGAGGACUUGAAAUACAAGGGGACAGUGACUCCUUACCCACAAUUCAGUGCAGAAGGCGAUGCUGGUGUUUUAGACAAAGCCAUCAAAGUCAAAGGUGUGGAUGAGACCACAAUCAUCGAUGUGCUGGUGAAGCGGAGCAAUGCCCAGCGCCAGCAGAUCAAAGCUGCUUACAUGAAGGCCGCUGGCAAGCCCCUGGAGGGAGCUCUCAAGUCAGCCCUGAAGGGGGAGCUGGAGGAUGUGGUGCUGGCUUUACUCAGGACCCCCGCCCAGUACGACGCCCAACAGCUCAAACUUGCCAUGAAGGGACUAGGUACAGAUGAAGAUACACUGAUUGAGAUCCUAGCCUCCAGGACCAAUAGAGAAAUCAGAGACAUCAAAUUGGCUUACAAAGAAGAAUACAAAAAGGAACUGGAGGAUGACAUCAAGUCCGACACAGGUGGUGAAUUCAGGAAGGCCCUUCUUGCUCUUUGCAAGGCCAGCAAGGCUGAGGACAACAUUGUGAACGAUGACCGAGCUGACAGCGACGCCAGAGCGAUCUAUGAGGCUGGAGAGCAGAGGAAGGGCACGGACUGCUCUGUGUUCAUCGACAUCCUCACCAGUAGAAGUGCUCCUCAGCUCCGAAAAAUGUUCCAGAUGUACUCCAAGUACAGCAAAGUGGAUGUCUCCAAGGCCAUUGACUUGGAGUUGAAGGGGGAUAUAGAGAACUGUCUGACUGCUGUAGUGAAAUGUGCUGGAAGCAAACCUGCCUAUUUUGCUGAAAAACUCUAUGAAUCUAUGAAGGGCAAAGGAACCAGGACUAAUAUCCUGACCAGAGUCAUGGUGAGCCGCUCUGAGAUCGAUCUGGUAAAGAUCAAGGAGGAGUACAAGAAGAAAUAUGGCAAGACCCUGUAUCAGGACAUUUUGGAUGACACCAAAGGAGACUACGAGAAGAUCGUUCUGGCCAUUUGUGGGGACAACUAAGCAUGCCCAUAUUGAAGAAGCUCAUGAAAAUGAAAAAUUGCAUAGUGUUACACACCAAAACAUCUCUGAAAAUUGGAAGCUUUAAGUUGCCAUAUUAAAAUAAAAUCCUCCAGUGGAGACUGGAUAUUCUUAAACCA